GGGAGGACGGAUAAGCGACACAGACGGUCCCGGAUUUCAUACCUGGAGGAGGGAGGGAUGCUACGGUGAUUUCCCCUCUCCUUUCUCUCUCCUUUCCUCCCUCUACUCUUCAUCACUCCAUCUCGGAACCUUACCAAGGCGCACGAUUCCUCUAUCUUUCUUUUUUCUGUCUUUUCCCCCUCUUCUUUUUAACCAGCUUGGUUGGCCGCUUGGUUUCCCUCUGCGCUCCAACGGAUAAAAAAGAGGAGAAAGAACAUUUUGGGGAUUGAGGGAGGACCGAAUUGGCUCCGCUUUGCCUUUUUUUUCUCUUUGCCCCAACAGACAGAGAAAAACUGGGGUCCAAAUCAGUGGAUGUGUUGGCCAUCUGAAAAAUAAAAGAAAUACUCAUUACCAGAAGUCACCGUUUUCCGCUGGCUUGUAUGUAUUGGGGAAAUUUCCUUGGAGAGAAAGGCUGCGCACGGAGUCUCUCGGGUUCCAAGACAGAUCAACGUGCAGAAGAGAAAACCCUCAUUGUAUCUGACGCCAGUAAUGAGCUAAAGACUCUGUGACUGGCGGAGAGAGGGAUAACAAAGAAGAAGAGUGUGGAGGAGAAGAAAGGCAGCGAAGAAGGAGAAGUCGGUGAUGAGUAGCCGCGGCACCCGUCUCAGCUAACGAACCAGGAAUCAGUCAGCGACGUUUUGCCAGCGAAACCGGGAGAGCACCUCAGUGGGGGGGGGCGGGGGCGGAGCUCCACUGAGAGGAACCAGGAAGCAGGGGGCGGAGUGAAGUGCGCGGUUUGCUGAGGUCGGGCAGGAUGGUGACGCUGAUCAUGAAGCGGGAGGGGCUCGGGCUGCUGAGGGCCUUCCUGCUGUUCGUGGGUGUCUCUGCACUCUGUAGCGUGGUGGCUGGGGCCCGGAGCAGGAACGUGGAGCAGAAGGGCCACAGACACAGACAUCCAGGUCACCUGUCGCUGCACAGACACAAAGAGAGGACAGGCAAGGAAGGACAGGUUCUGCACCGGUCCAAAAGAGGAUGGGUGUGGAACCAGUUCUUUGUCAUUGAGGAGUACACCGGACCUGACCCGGUUCUGGUGGGCAGGCUCCACUCAGACGUAGACUCAGGCGACGGCAACAUCAAGUACAUCCUGUCCGGCGAAGGCGCGGGAACGAUCUUCGUUAUUGACGAUAAGACGGGCAAUAUCCACGCCACCAAAACCCUGGACCGCGAGGAGCAGGCGCAGUACACUCUGACCGCCCAGGCCGUGGCCCGAGACACCAACAAACCUCUGGAGCCGCCGUCAGAGUUCAUCGUCAAAGUUCAGGACAUCAACGAUAAUCCUCCUGAGUUUCUACAUGGGCCGUACUACGCCAGCGUGCCAGAGAUGUCCAAUGUUGGUACGUCCGUGAUGCAGGUGACAGCUACAGACGCCGAUGACCCCACCUAUGGCAACAGUGCCAGGCUGGUGUACAGCAUACUUCAAGGACAACCGUAUUUUUCUGUGGAGCCCCAGACAGGUAUAAUUCGUACAGCCCUGCCGAACAUGGACCGUGAGGCCCGUCAGGAGUACGAUGUGGUCAUCCAGGCCAAAGACAUGGGGGGCCACAUGGGCGGACUGUCAGGGACCACCGAGGUCAAAAUCACGCUCACAGACGUCAACGACAACCCUCCCAAGUUUCCACAGAGCGUGUACGCCAUGUCCGUGUCCGAGGACAAAGUCCCAGGAGAGGAGGUGGGCCGCCUCAAGGCCAAAGACCCCGACAUCGGAGAGAACGGGCUGGUCAACUACCGCUUGACGGAGGGCGAUGGAAUGGGCUUGUUCGAGCUCACCACCGACUCCCAGACCAGAGAGGCCGUCGUUAAGCUCAAGAAGACGGUGGACUUUGAAACUAAGCGAGUGUACACGUUGAGAGUAGAGGCCUCCAACCCUAUUGUUGACUCUCGAUUCCUCGCCUGGGGGCCGUAUAAGGAUGAAGCUACUAUAAAGAUAAUGGUAGAGGAUGCAGAUGAGCCUCCAGUGUUUGUAGCCCCCAGUUAUAGUUUUGAGGUGGAAGAGAACGCGCCUGAAGGCACCCUGGUGGGACGAGUCCAUGCCAAGGACACCGACGUUGCCAAUAAUGCCGUCAGGUACAUGAUUCCUCGGUACACAGAUGUAGAGCAAUUUUUCAGGAUCAACACGGACGACGGGAUGAUCACCACGACCAGACCGCUGGACAGAGAAACACAGGCCUGGCAUAAUAUAUCUGUGUCAGCCACCGAGAUAGGAGGCCACCACCAGGACACCAAAGUGCGUGUUAACAUCAAAGUGAAAGAUGUGAACGACAACGCCCCAGAGUUCGCCACCAACAACGAAGUCCUCAUGUGUGAAUCUGUCACACCGGGGAAGAUUAUUGAGACAGUAAGUGCGGUGGACAAAGAUGAGAUGGCCCACCGGCAACAUUUCACGUUCAGCCUCGCUCCUGAAGUCGCCCACAAUCACAACUUCUCCCUUAAAGACAAUAGAGACAGUACAGCCAGUAUCCACGUGCUCCGUAAAGGCUUCAGCCGUCUGACGCAGGAGGUUUACUACCUCCCCAUUGAGAUAAACGACAACGGCUUCCCGGCCCUGAGCAGCACCAACGUCCUGACCAUCAGAGUCUGCUCCUGCGACAGCAAAGACACCAUUCUCUCCUGCAAUGUCGAGCCCUACGUCCUGCAAGCCGGCCUCAGCACCGGAGCUCUGAUCGCCAUCCUGGCCUGUAUCGUCAUUCUCUUAGCAAUAGUGGUGUUAUUUGUGGCUCUGAGGCGUCAGAAGAAGGAGCCUCUGAUAGUGUUUGAGGAGGAGGACAUUAGAGAGAACAUCAUCACCUACGAUGACGAGGGAGGCGGCGAGGAGGACACAGAGGCCUUUGACAUCGCUACGCUUCAGAACCCAGAUGGUGCCAACGGCUUCCUGCCGAGAAAGGACAUCAAACCAGAACUCCAGUACCCCAUCAGGCCCGGCAUCGGGCGCCCUGCGGCCAACAGCGUUGACGUUGAUGACUUCAUCAAGACUCGAAUCGCCGAGGCUGACAGCGACCCCACUGCUCCUCCCUACGACUCCAUCCAGAUCUACGGUUAUGAAGGCAGAGGAUCGGUGGCCGGCUCACUGAGCUCCCUUGAGUCUGUGACGACCGAGUCUGACUUGGAUUAUGACUAUCUGCAGAGUUGGGGGCCGAGGUUUAAGAAGCUGGCAGACUUGUACGGGACCAAAGACUGCCCCAUUAACGAUGGUGAUGACGGUGAAGACUCUUAACAGUGGUCUAAGUGAGUGGACGCCCCCCGAUUCUUGAUUGAUUGGUUCCACGAGGAUUUGUUAACCGAGGUUAACCCUCCCUGAUUCCCAACUGCUACCGACUUGUUGACACGAGUUAACAAGCAACCCUUCCUAAUCAAUUCAUGCCAAUUUGUUAACUAACGUUAACGACGCUCCCUCCCAAAGCGCCUCCCCCCGGUCCUCCAAGACGAUUUGUUAAUGAACACGUAAUGAAUGCUUGGACUCUCGCCCCUCCCAGUUUUCCCUGAACCCUUCCUUACUCCUCUCUGCCUCUCUCCCUCUCUCUCUCCAUAGACUUGAGCAUUGUAGGGCUGGGAGCUGUUAAUGUCACCAGUUUGUCUGUUUGAAAGUAAAUUGUUGGGACAAAAUUUUGCUGUAUGACCAAGAUAACUUGCUCAUAGCAAACUCUGUUGUUUAGUUUAUUAGAGGUUCUGUAUACUUUAUGUGGACUGGAUUCACUUAUUCCCUUAAUGGUUCCUGUGGGGGAUUUUACUCCUUAUAACAGGUUCCUUGGUGGGUUAUUAUUCCCUUAAUGGCUUUCUUAGUGGUGUGUGUAAAGGAUACAGAGAGAGAGAAAGAGAGAGAUACUAACAAACAAAAGGUAAAAAGAAAAGUGGGAUCCAGCAACUGCUCGAAGUUUCUGAAGACAAAAUGAAAGGUGACGGCAAUUUGGCAGGACGGUUAAAAGAAAACGCUAUUUCACAUCUGUCGUUGUGUGUGUAGGUUUCAACAGGCACUGUGGUUUAGACGGACGGACAGACUCUGGGUUGUUGAUACUGUGAAGACGCUCACAGACAACUGUAGUCAUGGUGGCCUUAUAAUAAAUAAACAACAACUCCAGGGGUAAACAACAAUAACAACAGCAACAGCGUGGCAGUAGAGCGAGACUGCUAGCUUGCUAUACACAGACAAAUGAACACACCAGGACAGAGUAUCUGCGAAAAUGCUACUCUAAUACCCUUUUUUUCUAUUCCCAAAAAGAGAUGGAUUCAACAUGGAUUCACGUUUAAAAAAAGAAAAACAAACAAACAAACACAACAAAAAACUGUGGAUGAUUUUCGUUUCCGUUCUGCACCAUUCCAGACGACGUCAAAGAGAAGCCGCCCCGUCCACUUCCUGCGCCCCCCCCACGUCCACCCAUGAGCAAUCACCCCCCCCCCCCCUCCCCCCUCCAUAUCAAGUUCACCAAUGAAUGAUCACCUCCGUGUUCCGAGUCCACCAAUGAUGAUCAAUCACAAUGAGUAAAAAACCUGUGAGCUCUAAAAAUCGCCUUAAACUUAACGGACACUCUUGCAACGCAGUGCAUUCUCUUUUUUUCUCCUUUUGUUUCUUUUUUGUAACUUGAAAAGUAUAUUCGGAAAGCAAACUACUAUCCAUUGUUAGGUAUGUACAGAGCAAUGUGCAGAUAUGUGAUAUAUCUCUUCGAGGAUCCAACUUGCGUCUAGUGCACUCUCUCAAAAGCGGACGUGCGGUUUUCAACACAUCUGGAGCCGGAGCUGGAGAACGGCGCGCGGCUCGCGUCGGUUCCCCGGCACCGCUCGCGCCGGCAGCGCCAUCUGUUGCAUCAACAUGUGUCGCCACGGAAGCGCCUCCCAAACGCGCGUGCUGGGAAAAAUGGCACGAGGCGCGUGUUGUUCUGACGCACGUGCAGAUAGGUUAAAAACAGCCCAUCCUUUUGAAGCGUGUAGGUUCUUGUUCAAUCUCUUUUUUAUUGUUAUGAUAUUAUUAUGAUUAUUAUUGCUGUUUUUUAUUAUUAUUAUUAAUAUUAUUAUUAUGACAAUAAUUGUUCUUUUAUUUGGCUGCAGUUACACAGGAACAGGGGCUGGUGUUUAACUCUUCGUGGCCCAGAUUUGAUCGUCUCAUGGCCGUUUGAACAGGAAGCCACAAUCCGCUUUUCCUGUUUCGACGGUUAUGAGAAGAACGGAUCGGUGCCGCAAAAAGUUAAAUAUCACCUCUGUCGCUCUUCUGUGUGAAUCCAAGCGCUCUCAUUUCUUCUCCUUUUUUUUAUUUUUAUUUUUAUUUUUUUGUUUUAAUUUGGCGUUUCUUCGUUCUUUCUCCCUGGUCAAGAGAAAAACUAGCAAUCUGUGUUUGUCGCAGUGAGAGAACGCCUCGUUUUUAUUCUCUGUCGAGUUUUAUGGUACCGAUUUGUACAAUUUUAAAAGUUCUUAUUUUAGUAUACAUGCAGAAUAUUCCAGUAUUACAACGAAAAACAUGUUAAGAAGAUAAGAUUAAAAAAAAAAAAAA